AUGGUCACAGCUAUGGAGGAUGCCUGUCCCAAUGGGGUACGGGAGGAGGAGGAGGAGAUGACGUCCCCGGGACAGCCCGGCGUGGAAGGGCCCUCAGCUGUGCAGUCCACCCAGGAGCCAAAUACAUCUGGAGGUGAGGAAAGGAGGAGGAAGAGGUGCGGUGUGUAGAGAUACUGUAGACUUUGUUUUGCCUUUAAAUCACAUGAAAAGAUUGAUGUCCACGUGUAGAUGUAGGCAUGAUGGUUUCAAGGAUUACAAACCCUUUUUGUGGCGUUCUGUCUGAUAAACUUAUCUGUGUAUGUAUCAUUUAAGACAGUUGCAUUAAAAAUUUCACGAGUUGUAUAAUGUUUUAGCUCCCGCAAGUUAUAUUGAUGACUUUUAGCUAUUUUUUAAUGUUUCAGACCCAAAGAAUCAAUCUUUUCUAAUGUGUCGCAACUCACAACAAAACCAUUUACAAAAGCGGCAAAAGAUGUCAGACCAUGCUGGUCAUUUAAGACCUAACAUCAAGAUCAGAUUCAGUUUCCUCCUGUUUUAAGAUACAGCCUUUUUCUCUCUGGAGCCUUUGCAGCUUUUAUCAAGUUACAGUAGAAAGGAAAAACUUCCUUUAACAGGCAGAAACCUCGAGCAGAACCAGACUCAUGCUGAACAGCCGUCUGCUGAAGACCACACUGUUAGACUGAUUUCUUUUUCAUUUCACCCAUUUACCUUCCUCAGCCCUUCCUGCUAUUUUAAUCAACCUUUUUACUUGUGUAUCUGUUGGCGAACUGUCUGAGAGUCUCUUCAUCCCAGGCUGAAUAUUGUCACCUCUCUCGCUCCUUUGCCAGUUGGUUAGCUUUAAUGCUCUUUCCGUCGCUUCAGAAAGUGUUUAGAUGUGAAAGCGGAAUCAAUACAGCUUGCUUUGUUUACAAUCUCACCACGUACCCCACAGUAACUGAAUCCUCUGGGUGCCCCUGGAUGAAAUCACUGCUUGCUGUAAGAGUUGCACAUUUUCCCCUGGAGGUGUUUCACUUCCUCACCUGCUCGACAGAGACAGCGCGCCGAAACAUACUUUUGUCAGUAGUGAUGUUACUUCUGUGCGAGUGAAGGCGCUCCUCUGAUCUUCUUCCUGUGAGCGUGGAAACAAUAUUACUUCAUAUAAUCCAGGAUGCCAGGUCCUUCCUCGGGGGACUUGUGUGGCAUUCGCUGAGAAACAGAGUUAAGAAUUAUUAAACAGACAGUCCCUUCAUUGGCAGUCACUGCACAGCCAGAGCUGCUGGGUGAACAUACAGAGGCAGUGGUGCACUGAUGGUGAAAGACUGCAGACAACCCAGAGGGAGGAAUUAAGAGCAGGUAAGCGCAGGAUGAUUCAUUAUGUUGAUGAAUGAAGCGCCUCACUGUAACCGGCCUGCUGCUGUUAUCUGUAGCUUUACAACUUCUUCAGGCUGGGCUUAACGUGACGCUGGUAGGUGGUUGCUUGGAUCUCCAUGUCAUAUUUUAUGGGAUUAUAGACUCUAGUGUGGAGGUUUUGAGCUCAUCUCCAAUCUCUCACUGGAUAGAAAACUUCACUCAAGGUUGUUUGUUAGCAUGAGUUCUGCUCACAUGCAGCUGUGGAGGGCUGACGGAUGAACAAACAUUCCUGUGGUCGAGGACAGAGUGACACAAUGAGCUGACCAAGUGAGGAAAGGUCAACUUAGAGAGCACAGAAACUCAGAUGUGAGGAAGGAUCCAGAUGUAGGAGUUUGUUUUUGUGUGUUUUGUCGUGGGAUUUCUUGAAAGUGAAAUCAAAGAGGAGACUUUGUUCUGCUUUCUCUUUCUCACUCCAAAGCAGGACAGGAAUGAACUUUUUAGACAACUUCUGAAAGUUCAGACAAAUGGAAACUAUUAUCUUCCAAAUUUCAGGAGGAUGACUAACUGUAGGUGUGGCACAUGUAGCUUAUGUGUUAUGUACACAUUGCAUAAGCAUGUGCGUAUUUGCUUGCUGCAAUCACAGCCUUCCUCGUAGACUUUUUGGUCAUGAAUCAUAGGUCAGGCUCCCCAGAGGAACUCCUUGCCUGUUCAAACAAAAUCUGAACCUGAUCUGAGUCCUGGAUUGUAUUUCUGCGUGGUCAUGCGACAAGUGUAUCACUUUGAGGUCAGAUUUAAUAGCCUGCAGGGCAGUUUUUAACCACCCUCCCUUAUUUGUUCUUACUUUAAGAGGAUCAUAAAUAUUUAAGGUUUGUUUUUGCACAGGCUGUGCUGUUUAUGCAGUCUGUCUGAGCUCUGCGCUUAUCAAGCCUCAGUGAAAUCAGACAGAUUGUAUUUUCUUCGGCCCGUCUCUCUUCUUCUCUUGCUUCUUCUCUUGCUUUUUAAUCACACACCUGUUUUGACAAGUGUAUGCGUGAUGGAUGGAUGAUGGAUGAUAAAAGAAACAGCGCUGUCAAGCUCCACUUUAUCUGAUAUGAUUUUUUUUUGUGCAGCAAAGUUGAAAAAUGGUGGAAUUUUAAAUGAGCCGCUGCUCAAGACAUGGAAACACGUCAAUUUUGGAUGAGAGCUCCAACAACCUUAACGAAAAAGCUGAUUUUGAAUUCAUAUUUUCACUAAUGAAAAGUGUUUUUUUUUAAUCACAGAUGAUGCAGAAUGAAAUAGAAUUUAUGGCAGACCAGCACUUAACAUGAUCUUCUAUCACUCUACAGGUGAUUUAUUUGUGAAACGUGUGCUUUUAAACCUCCUGUGAGGAGUUUUUGGACAUAAAUGAAAUAUAGACUAGAACUCAUAUUGAUGAGUUUUUUAUGGUAUGAAAAGGCAAACAAGGCCAUCAGAGCCAAGACUAAGCAUCUCAUACUGUAAUUUUUGAGGCCUAAAACCGGUUUGGAGGGGUAGGUGUCAGCCAAGUAGCUGAAGAGACAGUCCCAUAUUUACAUUAUCCACAUUAGAUUGUAUAGACUAAAAUAGAAUAUCUUUAUUUUUAUUGUACAUGUACAACAAAAUUGAGUGCAACCCUUUUUAGUGCAAUUAAAUUAUAACAAUAAAUGGCAAAUUUGACACAAGUCAGCAGGAUGACAGCACAGACUGUAUGUACUAUGGACAACUUGGCUCCACCUUCCGCCAUUAUACGAGUUUAAAGCCGAAUUGCUUUCAGUAUUUCUGGGAUUUUCUCGACUUCCUGGAACCAACACUUGUGCAGUAGCAUUGUAUGCAUUCAGCGGGAGAAUUGCAGUGAUGACGCAAUCUUCGUACACCCAUAGGCUGUAUCAAGUGUCAAUCAUUGAAAACAUGAACCCCCUAAUAACUUUUAAAAAUGGAGCUGCACAGAAAAAGGAGGACUUGAGCACAAACCAGUCUUACAGUAACUACAUGUCAACAUUACAAACUUUCUAAAGUUUGUCCACAGCUCCAUAGAGAUUGCUGGAGGAAGCAGGAUUUAUGACCUAUACUGCAGCCCGUCACCAGAGGGUGCUGUUCUCGGAGUGGCUUCAGCAGGCGAGGAAGCAACGGCAUCCAUUCCUUAUACAGUCUUUGGAUGAUAUGUAGAUGACAAGCUAGGCAAAGACUGUUUCGUCCACAAAUUGACACAAACCAAAAGUUCCUCUCUGGAGCUUUAAUGUGCCUCAAGUGUCAGAUUGCAUACUCACAGAUCUUGUAUGAAACUUGCACAUGCAUCAGUGUAAGGCAAAGUCUAACCUGAAUUCACAUACCGCAGACAACAUAACACAUCAUUCUCCUUCAAAGUAGCGAUUUAGCAUACGCCGCUUACAUGUGCAAAGCAGACUGAAGUAUUAAAGAAGCGUUUAUGACAAAGAACAUGAGCCAAGGUUAAAGAUAAUAACGGCUGGAGGAGUAAAACAGAGGUCAGGGUGUUUAUCCAUUGUGCUGACUGGACAUAUUUACAACCCGUUUAAGUAUAUAAUGACACAGAGACACACGCACGCACAGAAACACACGUUCUCAGGGAUUUAAGUGUCUUAGAUUGGCUUACACUGGUUUUGAGACCCUAGCAUUAGGGAUGUUAACCUGCUGAUACCAAGAGUGCAAACAUCUCCCUCUUUCUCUGUUUGUGUUUGCAAGAAUUCAAGGCUUCAGAUUAGUUUGUGAGAAUCUUUUUAUCAUCUGAGAACCCUUGACUCCUGGAGUUUUAUUUGGACAAAUUGCAGGCAGUUCUGUUUGAGAGUCUGAGAGCUCAUCUCAGACUUGUAUUUGUAUCUUCAGAUAGAGUUUCAGCUCAGUGCUGUGUUUGAGAUUAUUUGGCUUUGUGAUUUGGCUCUUAUUGAGGUAGAAGGAGUGUAAAACAUGGCAGAAAGAUGCUCUCCACCAUCAUGAUAUAAUAUUGAUAAACCUUCUGCUUUUUGUGAAACAUUUGCGUUUUACUCAAGCAAAAAGGGAGACACUUUUGCUCGACUUCAUCUCUGUUAUAUGUGUGUGUGUCUGCUCUGUAUGACUUUCACACCCGGCUAACUCCCCUUAUCUCUCUUUUUGUGUAUGUUUGCACCUUGUCUCCCACCCUGUUCAUCCAGCCAUGCAGCAGGUAUUGGAUAACGCAGCUGAGCCUCCCACCUCCACGGGCGCCAAAGACAUUGACCUGCUCUUCCUGCGCGGCAUCAUGGAAAGCCCUGUGGUACGUUCAUUUGCUGGGGUAGCACACAAACAGACAUCCAUAACUUUUGGGACUGAAGUACAGUGAGACUUUGACUAACGUAUAACACUUGGUACAUCUGCACAGACGAGAACGGUGCAAACAAACAUUUUGACAGUAACUGCGCGAUGCAUUUCCCUCUUAAGGGCAUUUUCACUGACGGUGCAUGUAUCCGAAAAAUGCUUCUGCUUACAAAGAGUUUUUUCUGACACACAUCUUCACUGCUGUCAGACAAGUAGGGAGUUCAGACAGAGGACAGCUGUAGCUCCUGCUAGACAAGCUGUUGUCUUCUUUUGCCAUUCAACUUCCUCCCACCAGACAGAAGACAUAGACACAACAGUUGACUAAACACAAACAAAUACUCCUUUAACUUUUCACUGAAGCAUCAGGCAGACAGCUUGCUUGUAAGAGGAAAGAUUCCUGCAGUAAACCAGCUCUUACCUUUUAUAGAGGACCUAUUAGAAUGUCAGGAGCAGCUUCUGCAAAACAAUAUUCAUUCUAAUAAAAGUAAAUAUAACACCCAGGCGUACUUCUACCAUCUGUUUAUGUCCUCCCUAUUAAGACUCCUCUGUCUCCUUCAGGCUCAGGAGCAGCUGGAGGAGCCAAAGCUGGAGGCAGUGCAGGACAAUAACAUGGAGCUGGUGACGGAGAUCCUGGGCGACAUCAGCAACCUGAAGGUUAAAGACGACAGCGCCGCCGAGCUUUCUAGGAUCCUCAAGGAGCCACACUUCCAGGUGAGGUGGAGAAAUCAGUGUUCAAACAAACACACACACAGGUGAAGGUAAAGAAGAGCUGAUUUGAGCAAAUAUUUGCCCUUUCUCUCUGGUUGAAUAUUAACCAACAUGAGGGAGUAUCAUGCAGGCACCGACUCCCACCGUUCAACCACCUUUUAUUCUAAAACAUGUGAUAAUAAGAGGCUUUUAUUUAUAAAAGUUUGAACCAGAGCAAACAUUCAUUUCAGCCUGUAGCAGCAGCAGCAGUGUUUUGACUGUAGAUACAGUAGCCCAGUGCUGAUAUUGUGGAUGUGCUCCUCGUGCAUCAGUACAAUAUUAACCUUUAUCCUUCGAGCUACCAGGGGCUUUAAACUGGUUGGACCAAUAGGAGUGAGAACUUCUGCACCAAUCAGAGCCUUUCAUGCUGUAAGCUGAAGGAUAAGACCCUUCUGACCUACUGAGAGAGAGAGAAAGAGAAAGAGAGAGAGAGCGAUGGGGAUGAAGAGAAGACAGGCAAAGAGAGAGGCAAUGACAGAAACAGUGAGUGUAGAUGAAGAGUUAAACUCUGUCUUGUAGUUAAAAAAAAUCCCAGUUUGUCUGAUAGUUUGAUGGAAAAUUUUUAAAGUAGUGCUGGUAGCAGAUCAGCUGGCUGUGAUGUAGGUUGAUGGAUGAACAGAGAGCGAGGGAUGAAUUAAUUGAUUACUUUUUGGUGGUAAUCCAUAUGUCAGAUUUGGGCCAUUAGGUGAUGAGUUCUGGUUUUAUUUUUAACCAUAAUUUGGGCACACACUGGAACUCAAAGUUAACAGCUUGGUUAACCUAUUUCUUAUAGAACCUUUUUUUCUGUAAAUUAAACCCAUUAUCUUAUUUCCCAUUCUGCAAAAAUACAACAUAUUUUCCUGUCUUUUAAAAACUGUUUUACAACAUCAAUUUGUACUUUCUUUGUUGUCUUUUUUUCUCACUGGGUUGCAUGAAUCGUAGCCACAAUUUCAGCGUUAUGCCAAAAGCUAGAGCACAGCCUACAGUGAUAAAUAGAUAAGUGGAGAAGAGUCACAGAGUCAGCAAACUUACCUUAAAUGUUACACACUCAGCAAAUGUUUGUGUAGAUCAGCCAUCAUACACAACUGUGGUGCUGUCCUGCCCGUAUUUGUUACUAUCCUGCAUGUUAUGCUAUUAUUCUACAUUACAUAUAGCUCUAAUGUGUAUUUAAGUGAAAUGCUGUGUUCCAGUGCUUAUUUCCCUGUGCUUGAAUUAUUUUCUGUUUCACUGUUUAAAAAAAAUAACACUUAAAUAUAUAGGGUUAACACAGGGAGUGUUAUUUUAACAUGUGAAUUUCUUUAAUUUUGCAUGCAGACUGCUUAUUUAAAACAGAUAAAUGUUAGACAUAUACAGAGCAGACCAAUAGAAUUUUUAUAGACACAAUCAGAAAAUAGCAUCUAUGAGCACAGGAUCGGGUUCAAAUCCUCUAAACCUUGGCUUUGUGAGGUACAGUGUGUUAAACAGUAUAUUAAAGGCACAGUGAGGAGUUUGAGAAAAGCAAAUGAGAUAGUCUGGUAACUCCACUGCAGUAAUUUGUAUUGCUUAAAGCUCCUGUGAGGAAUUUUCAAUUUGUCCCAACUUGGGUGCCACAUUUGCUUAUCUCUAUCUCUGGUUUCUUUUGCUUUUCUAUGUCAUAAAAAGGCACAGAUAUCAACUUAAGUCUCUUUUAUUUAAACCAAAAAUCUCCUCACAGGAGCUUUAAAGUGCUGUAGGGGGAUAGGUGUCAGACCUGAUGAUGGAUGGUAACAGAAAUUAUAUCUCAUUUGACUAAUAAUGUUUUUCCAUUGAAGUUUUUCAACAAUGAAAACAUGCAGUAAUGAAGCAUUUGGUACUCUUGCUAAAGCAGAAUAAAAUUAGUUUUAUUGUUGUCUUGCACAUAAGAAUGAUGAUAAUGAAGCUUGUAUUUUAUUGGUAUCCUACCAGUACAAGUGAUUAGAUAACAGCAAAAAAAAUGGUAAAUUGAUUGUACUGAACAUUUUGUGUUUGAUUAGGAGUUUGUUUUAUAUUAUUAUACAUGAAAAAAAGGAAAAUAAUGAGUUUUAACUUCCUUCAAAGUACCUACAGAGUCACUUCAGGAACCCUCUGACUGUUCUCCUCUCUGCCUUUUAGUCUCUUUUGGAGGCACAUGACAUGGUGGCCUCCAAAUGCUACGAAGUCCCGCCCCCGACCGAGAUACCCAAUGAUGCAGCAGUGAACAGCGCUCUGAUGCAGGCUGAUGCCGUGCGCAUGAUCGGCAUCCGAAAGAAGGCCGGAGAGCCACUGGUGAGCAAAUGAAGACUGUCUGACUGUUACAGUGUGUGUGUUUAAGUGUGUGUAAAUAUGUGAGUGGGUGUUACCAGAGGGGUUGAGUGAGUACACAAAUGACAUAGUAAAUCAUGAAGUGCACAAGUAAAUGUCAGAAUUAAAAGGAGUGCGGGUGAAGGUGUGUGCAUAUCAUAAGGCAGUAAGAUUGCAGAGGAGAAACAUCACUCGCUCUGUCCUUUCCUGCAGGGCGUGACAUUUCGAGUGGAAAAAGACGACCUUGUCAUCGCUCGAAUCCUCCACGGCGGCAUGAUUGACAGGCAGGGUCUGCUCCACGUGGGCGACAUCAUCAAAGAAGUGAACGGGAAGGACGUCGGCAACAACCCCACCGAGCUGCAGGAGAUGCUGAAAGACUGCAGCGGAGGGAUCACGCUGAAAAUACUCCCGAGCUACCGGGACGCUCCUGCACCUCCUCAGGUAAACACACACACAAACACAAACAUGGAGUGAAAAGUAAACACAAGCAGGAAGACUUGGGUAAUGGCGGGCAGAUGCAGGGCAGCGGUGCAGAGCUGGUGAUCUGUCCUAAGUCCCUCCCACAAUCCCCUGCACAGGAAUCUGGACCCUGGAAGCCCUAUUAAUAACACUCCACUUGUUAACUGGGUCGCAUUAGCUAUCUUGCACAAACCCGACUCACAUGCUCCUGGUGAUCCCAUGCUCCCUCACAUGAAAAGAACAUUAUUUUUGGUUAAAUUUGCACAUUAUUCAACCAUUUUUUGAGUUAAAUUCCUGAAAAAAAUAAAGAAGCUGCAUCAGGAGACAUAAACUUGGAAGCACUCGUCCUUAAAUUGAAUGAACUGCAGUAAAAACGAUUGAGACAUAAUGCACACUCACAUUCUGCCCCGUGGCUGGACGCGCUGCACUCACUCUGUAUUUUACUGGCUGGUUUUUAUUGCUUCCUUUUGGCUGCUCGUUUAAUCUAAUACACCAGCCUGGGCACUCGGCCUUACUGGCAGAAGUCGUCACUGUUGUUGGCGCAGCGUGAACAGCUGCGGCGAGAGCAGAGUGGGAUGUUGGACGUAAAGGGUGUGAAUGAGACACUGUCACCAUGUCAGUGUGUGAGAACUCCUGCUGAGCUGGAGUCUCUUGUGUUUUCAAUUAUGAGUUUCUCUGCUCACCUUAUCCAAAAUGUUUAUCACUCUUAAAGAAAGACUAACUUUUUUUUAAUCACAAAGUUAAGGCUGAAUAAUGUUCACAUGGUCCUCACAGGUGUACGUGCGGCCGUACUUUGACUACAACCCAGCCAAUGACAACCUGAUCCCUUGCCGAGAGGCGGGAAUGGCCUUCAAGAGAGGCGAUAUCCUUCAGAUUGUCAACAGAGAGGAUCCAAACUGGUGGCAGGUGAGCUUCCAUGAUCACGAAAGAGCAAAACACAUGCACAUGAAAAGGUUUUUGACUCCGCUGACCUGGUAUCUAAUCUAUGCCAGGCGUGCCAUGUGGUUGGCGGUGCUACAGGGCUGAUCCCCAGUCAGUUCUUGGAAGAAAAAAGAAAAGCUUUCGUCCCUCGAGACUUUGAUGGAUCAGGUAUGUUUGGCGUUCCUACCUCAAGGUUAGAACUGCUUCACUGCCAGAAUCCUGUUACUUUUACUCUUAUGCUUCACCACUGAGAGCUGAUUUAUGUCAAAGCCAGUGUUUAGAAAUUGGUGUGACCCUGCCCCCUCCUGGACAAAUGCUCUAACAGCACGUCAUACAAGUCGUAUAAUGUGCUGUCUUGCUUUGUAGGAAUCCUUUGUGGAACUAUUGCUGGAAAAAAGAAGAAGAAGAUGAUGUAUUUGACGGCCAAAAACGCAGGUCAGACACCAUUUCAUGAUUUUUAUUCUAACUCUUCAGGAUCUGUCUCUGUAUAAAUAGAUUUUUCCUGUGUUCAGAAUUUGACAGGCAUGAGCUAAUGAUCUAUGAAGAAGUAGCAAAAGUGCCAGCAUUCCAGAGGAAGACCCUCGUUCUGAUUGGUGCUCAAGGUGUGGGCCGACGCAGCCUCAAAAACCGCCUCAUGGUCCUCCAUCCCACACGCUUCGGCACCACCAUACCCUGUAUGUUUGUUUUGUUUGUAUCCCAGUAUCCAGUCACACCUUUAUUCAUGAAACAUGUUCAGACGUGAACUGACUUCCUUUUUUCUUUCCAGACACUUCUCGGCGGCCCCGUGAUGAAGAGCUGGACGGUAACUCCUACCACUUCACCACAAGGACAGAAAUGGAGGUGGAUGUGAAAGCUGGGCGGUUCCUUGAGCACGGCGAGUAUGAUGGUAAUCUGUACGGCACGAAAAUCGAGUCCAUCCAUGAGGUGGUGGACACAGGACGCACCUGCAUACUGGACGUGAACCCACAGGUAACGUCAGAACAGGAAUCCUUUACCUGCGUUUCCAGGCAGAACAUAAGAAAAAGAGAGAGAGAAGUAAUCUUCAUGUCACUGUCUGUCCCUUUCCUCAGGCUCUGAAGGUGCUGAAAACAGCCGAGUUCAUGCCUUAUGUGGUGUUCAUCGCAGCACCAGAUUUUGAUACUCUCAAGGGCAUGCACAAAGCUGUGGUGGACGCAGGCAUCACAACCAAGCAACUCACGGUAGGUACACAACCCUAAUGCAUGUCCACACACACACAACCCACUGAGCAAUAGACGGCUAUUAGACAUCUAGUUUUUUUUUUUGGACCUAAUUUCAACCAACUAGAUUCUCUAUACUUUUAGACGGAAUUUAGAUGUUGCACUUUAACCCAUUAUUCAAUAACUAUUUAUUUUCAAAAAGCAACUGUGAGUUACAUAACCGAUCUCCAAGUACUUAACCAAAAUAGUUAUGAUAGCCAUUGAGCAAAAUACAGUGUAGUAUAGAUAUAGCCUAGAUUUAGAUUUAGUCUAAACUUGGUCUAAAUUAAGAUGUCUAAAAAUCUUUCGUUUUUAGACCUGUGGUAGCCUGAUUUUGACCACUUGUCUCGGCUACAUUAAGACAUCUGUUAGACCUCUUUUGGACCAAAAAAAGCUCAGUGGGAAAUGAAGGUCAAACUCACAGGUCUUACAUGGUCAUUUGAGAGUAUCUCAAUCAUGUAAGCCUAAGUUCUGAGGGGCACAUGUUACCCCUGACCAUCCAUCUGGAAACUUCCUUCAGGGUUCUUACGCAAGUAUGGAAAAGUAUGGAAAUAAAUUUGGUCAAUUUCUAGGUCUUAAAAAGUAUGGAAAAUAAAAAAUAAAGUGUGGAAAAUAAUAAAUAAUAAAAUAAAAUAAAAAAUAAUAAAAAUAAUAAAAUAAAUUCUAAAAAGUAGGGUGUUGAAAAGUAUGGAAAUUACAACUGUGUAGGAACCCUGUCCCUUGAAUGUUGGUAUGGUUACCCCUCAUUGAUGUCCUCUCAGUCACUCACCCUCACCUUUCCUUUUCUUCAGGAUGUGGACCUGAAGAAGACGGUGGACGAGAGUGCCCGCAUUCAGAGGGCCUACAACCACUACUUCGACCUGACCAUUGUCAAUGACAACCUGGACAAAGCCUUUGAGACAUUACAGGCCGCCGUAGACAAACUGUGCAACGAGCCGCAGUGGGUUCCAGUCAACUGGGUGUACUGA